UUAUGGUAUUCUUAAACCGAUUUAUAUGCUAAAGGCUUAUCAUAUAAUCAUUGGUAGGUAUUAUUUAUGGUUACGAACUGCCAACUUUAUCUUUGCCUAUAUAAUGAGUUGUUCGUAACAAUUAACACCAGUUGCUUAUACUCGUACAAAGUAUCACCGACUAACAUGAAGGCCUUUAUUGUAUUCGUUUUAUCCUUGGCUGUUGCCUCGGCUUACAUCGUUCCCGAUCAGUCGGCUUUCAAUGAAGAUGUGGACAAUGAUUUUGAGAAGCCUGCAUUUAUAGAGGACUUGCCAACAUCACCAGUUCUAUCCGGACGUAUUACCAACGGCAACAAAGCUGCGACUGGACAAUUUCCUUAUCAAGUCGGUUUGUCGCUAGCACGCAGCACAGGCAAUUAUUGGUGCGGUGGUUCCCUCAUCGGCUCCACUUGGGUUUUAACAGCAGCUCACUGCUCUAACCAAGUUUUUCAGGCGAUCGUCUAUCUGGGCAGCACUGCACGUACUUCAGCUAAAGUCAAAUACACCGUUACCUCCAGUUCUAUCUACCAACACACCGGCUUUAACUCCAAAACUCUUGCCAAUGACAUAACAUUGAUUAAAAUCCCUGCUGUGACUUACACUAGCGCAAUUUCCGCCAUUAAAUUGCCUUCGAUGUCUUCAUCGUACGCCACCUACACUGGCAGCUAUGCUAUUGCUUCAGGCUGGGGCCGCAUCAGUGACACAUCUUCGACUUCUUCAUCUUUGAAUUACGCUCGUCUACCGAUCAUAGCAAAUUCGAUCUGUUCUGUUACUUAUGGCACAAAAGUGAUAACGGCCAACACCAUCUGUGUAUCUACACCUAGUGGUACGUCCACCUGCCAAGGUGAUUCUGGUGGCCCAUUGGCUUUGGAAUCCGAUGGUGUGCUUAUCGGCGUUACUUCGUUCGUAUCGAGCGCCGGUUGUGCUUCUGGCUCACCAGCUGGUUUCAUUCGUGUUACUAGCUACCUCAAUUGGAUUAAGGAGAAAACUGGCAUAUCUUACUAAUAAACGGAAUUCCUAAAACUGAACAUAUUUCACUGAAAAUAUAAGUUAAUGACUACUUACAUUUCCUAUUAAA